GUGGAUACUGCGAAUUAUAUGCUAUUCUGUAUUAUUUAGCCCAGAUCUACAUUAAAAGGACUUACACACACCAGAGAUAAUGAUAUCGUUUUCUUCGUCGUUCUUUUUUAUCGCAAUACUACCGCGUAUAAUAUAUGCUUUAACCGAUUAUGAGCGCCAUUAUUCAACGAAGCUUGUUAGCCUUCCUGCUGACGAAGUAGUCAACGAACCGCUAAAUAAACUUGGAUUCGGAAGCUGCCAGAAGCUAGAAUUGCACCCGCAGAAGAUAUGGAACUCUAUCGUUCGAUAUAAACCUGAUAUGUUUCUCUUUACGGGUGAUAUUGUCUAUGCUGCCAAUGGAUGCUGUGAACCGCACUGUCUAAAAAAGGAGUAUGAUGAAUUGAUUGCAUCGAAAGAUUACCGUGAUUUUGCAGCAUCAUUUAAAUACAUUGACGGAAUGUAUGAUGAUCAUGACUUUGGAGUGAAUGACGGACACAAGACAUACGCAUAUCGUGAGCAUAGCCAAAAAUAUCUACUUGAUUUUUUCAAUAAACCCGAGGAUCACUAUCGCCGCAAGAGAAAGGGCGCUUACUUCUCUAUGCUCUUUAGUGACCCUGAUAACCCCAAACACAAGGUGAAAUUGAUUGUUCUCGAUGUUAGAUACCAUCGAGAAUGCUACUACUACUGUGCGUGCGAUACCUGUAAAUGGCUUAGGAUUCAUACAAAUAAAUUUGCCACCAUCCGCUUAAUCAACUACUUCUUCGGGUUCGGUUGUAAUCACCCAGGUGAUACCCUCGGAGCUGAACAAUGGAAGUGGCUACAAGGACAGUUGCACGGAUCGACUGCUGAAGCGCACAUUAUUGUAUCGUCUUUCCAAAUAUUCACUCGCUUCCCUUUGACCGAAAGCUGGGGACUACUACCACUGGCAAAGGACAGGCUGGUAGACCUUCUAUUAACAACUAAACCCAAAAAUCCAAUCUUUUUGUCGGGAGAUGUUCACUACGGUGAACUUAACGAGAAGGACGGCGUGGUUGAAGUUACAUCCAGUAGUCUUACACAUUCCUUCCUGGAACAUGGAACAAGCCCAUACCGUCCGUUUGCAAUAUCUAUAUUUGCCACGAAGCCUAAUGCCUACAUGUACAACAACUUCGGAGGUGUGGAAUUUGAAUACGACCGUCAACAUAAAACAUUAAAAUGGAGUACAAAGAUCUUUGAUGUUAAUGGAAAGGUGGUGACUGAAUACACAUCAGAUGCUUCACGUGACCUGAGCGAUAUUUACCGCAAUGUAGAUAAAAAGAAACGUUCCUUCUUUACCAACACACGUAUUGUCAAAUGCCGCGGCCUUCUAUGGCGUAUAUCGUUGGCAUAUGGCAUACUCUGUCUGGUUACCUGGAUGGUGCUCAUACCCUAUGUCGCGCUAGUGCGCCUCUAUAGGAUUCUUGUGGGUACCCGCAAGGAAAAGCACCAUUAAAUUAUAU